GGGCGGCCCGGCGGCGGCGCGAUGCCGCUCGCCCAGCUCAAGGAGCCCUGGCCGCUCAUGGAGCUGGUGCCGCUGGACCCGGAGAAUGGCCAGGCCUCGGGGGAAGAAACUGGACUUGAGCCAUCCAAGGAUGAGGGCGUCCUCAAGGAGAUCUCCAUCACGCACCACGUCAAGGCUGGCUCCGAGAAGGCCGACCCGUCCCACUUCGAGCUCCUCAAGGUUUUGGGACAGGGAUCCUUUGGCAAAGUCUUCCUGGUGCGCAAGGUCACCCGGCCUGACAGUGGGCACCUGUAUGCCAUGAAGGUGCUGAAGAAGGCGACAUUGAAAGUGCGCGACCGCGUCCGGACCAAGAUGGAGAGGGACAUCCUGGCCGACGUGAACCACCCCUUUGUGGUGAAGCUGCACUAUGCCUUCCAGACGGAGGGCAAGCUCUAUCUCAUUCUGGACUUCCUGCGCGGCGGGGACCUCUUCACACGGCUCUCAAAAGAGGUCAUGUUCACAGAGGAGGACGUGAAGUUUUACCUGGCCGAGCUGGCGUUGGGUCUGGACCACUUGCAUAGCCUGGGCAUCAUUUACAGAGACCUCAAGCCUGAGAACAUUCUUCUGGACGAGGAGGGCCACAUCAAGCUCACGGACUUUGGCCUGAGCAAGGAGGCCAUCGACCACGAGAAGAAGGCCUACUCCUUCUGCGGGACAGUGGAGUACAUGGCCCCCGAGGUCGUCAACCGCCAGGGCCACACCCACAGCGCCGACUGGUGGUCCUACGGGGUGUUGAUGUUCGAGAUGCUGACGGGCUCGCUGCCCUUCCAGGGGAAGGACCGGAAGGAUACCAUGAACCUGAUUCUCAAGGCGAAGCUCGGCAUGCCCCAGUUUCUGAGCACUGAAGCCCAGAGCCUCCUGCGAGCCCUGUUCAAACGGAAUCCUGCCAACCGGCUCGGCUCCGGCCCGGAUGGGGCAGAGGAAAUCAAGCGGCACGUCUUCUACUCCACCAUCGACUGGAACAAGCUGUAUCGCCGUGAGAUCAAGCCGCCCUUCAAACCGGCCGUGGCCCAGCCCGAUGACACCUUCUACUUUGACACAGAGUUCACAUCCCGCACUCCCAAGGAUUCCCCAGGCAUCCCCCCUAGUGCCGGUGCUCAUCAGCUGUUCCGUGGCUUCAGCUUCGUGGCCACCGGCCUGAUGGAGGACGACAGCAAAUCCCGGGCCACGCAGGCACCACUGCACUCCGUGGUACAGCAACUCCAUGGGAAGAACCUUGUUUUCAGCGAUGGCUACGUGGUGAAGGAGACGAUCGGUGUGGGCUCCUACUCCGUGUGCAAGCGCUGUGUCCACAAAGCCACCAACACGGAGUACGCUGUCAAGGUCAUUGACAAGAGUAAGCGGGACCCCUCGGAAGAGAUCGAGAUUCUUCUGCGGUACGGACAGCACCCCAACAUCAUCACGCUGAAAGAUGUAUAUGAUGACGGCAAACACGUGUACCUGGUGACGGAGCUGAUGCGGGGCGGGGAGCUACUGGACAAGAUCCUGCGGCAGAAGUUCUUCUCGGAGCGGGAGGCCAGCUGUGUCCUGCACACCAUCAGCAAGACCGUGGAGUACCUGCACUCACAGGGGGUGGUGCACAGGGACCUCAAGCCCAGCAACAUCCUGUACGUGGACGAGUCGGGGAACCCCGAGUGCCUGCGCAUCUGUGACUUCGGCUUUGCCAAGCAGCUGCGGGCUGAGAACGGGCUCCUCAUGACCCCUUGCUACACAGCCAACUUCGUGGCACCUGAGGUGCUGAAGCGCCAGGGCUAUGACGAAGGCUGUGACAUCUGGAGCCUGGGCAUCCUGCUGUACACCAUGCUGGCAGGAUACACGCCGUUCGCCAACGGGCCCAGCGACACUCCGGAGGAGAUCCUGAGCCGCAUCGGCAGUGGGAAGUUCACCCUCAGCGGGGGCAACUGGAACACAGUGUCCGAGGCCGCCAAGGACUUGGUGUCCAAGAUGCUGCACGUGGACCCCCACCGGCGCCUCACAGCCAAGCAGGUGCUGCAGCACCCGUGGAUCACACAGAAGGACAAGCUCCCCCAGAGCCAGCUGUGCCACCAGGAUCUGCAGCUCGUGAAGGGAGCCAUGGCAGCCACAUACUCCGCGCUCAACAGCUCCAAGCCCACCCCGCAGCUGAAGCCCAUAGAGUCGUCCAUCCUGGCCCAGCGGCGGGUGAGGAAGCUGCCGUCCACCACCCUGUGAGGGCCCAGCGUGUCCAGACCGCAGGCUGGUGCUAGCUCGAUGGAGGUGUCUUCCCUGCCCGAGGGAGCAGGCCUGAGUCUCGGGGCCAGAGCGACUCGGAGCCCCGAGCGGCCCGGAGGCAGCCAGCGCAGGUCACCCCGGCGAGGACAUGAGAAGUGCCUUGUCCCUCCCCAGGUCAGACUUCUCGGCCCCGGCCCUGCUGGCCGAAGCGGAUCCACUGUACAGACUCCUGCCUUAUUUGUAAGGAAAUAACAGCUUCCACCACCAUGGAUUUCUGCAGGAUCCAUUUGCCUUUCUGGGAGCAGAGAGAGGCAGCACAGCCUCAGGAGGGACACUGAGUCACGCUGGGCGCUCUGUGGCCAGGACUCCUUAGAGCGGCUUCGGAGGCCGACCCUGCGCCCCCACGGUCGGCCAUGCGGCGCCAUCUGCACACAGCUCCAGGCAGCCCCGCAACGCCUCUCAGAACUCCCUGUGUUCGAGUCAGCCCCUCUUCCGUUCUGUUCUCCCAGGGGGCGUCCAGACCACAUCGUGCUGGGGAGGGCCCCGGUCCCGCCGGCUCCUGGCCCCGGGCACCAGCAGGGAGAGGGCGUGGACAGUACUUUGGGGCGGACUUCUGUUGGGGUCGCCACCAGACAGAGUUCCUGGGAGGCCAGGGCAGGCCGCCAGGGCCAGGGGGCUUUUGUCGUUUCUUCCUCAGCUGGUAACUCAGGGUUCAUCUGUCCACGCCUUUCUAAUAAACGUAACAGUCGAGAUG